AUGACCCGCAUCGAUUUCAACUCACCAUCACCCGCUAUUCCCAUCCCACCCCCAGCGACCCUCCAAGAAAUCCGCACCUCCAAACUCCGCUCCUUUGGUCCCGUCCUCUCCGGCAUUGACAAGCAAACCCGCCCUGGCCACCUCUACGUCUCCACUACCGGCCUAGAAGAUGACGAACACGAUCUGACCUUCCACGGAGGCAUCGACAAAGCCAUUCUUCAGUACUGCGCAGACCACUAUGCCUUUUGGGCCGAUCGCUUUCCCGAGGCUCGCACACGCUUCGUACCCGGCGGCUUUGGCGAGAACCUCGUUGCCGAUGGCUGGAAUGAGCAGACCGUAUGCAUCGGUGAUAGGGUGCGCAUCGGGCCACCGGGCUCCCUGAGCACUGGCGGUCGCAACGGUUGUGUGCUGGAGGUCAGCCUGCCGCGCCAGCCGUGCUUCAAGCUAAACCAGCGCUUCGGGAUCAAGAACUUCGCUCCGCUCACUCACCAGGAGGCUAAGACGGGAUGGUAUUAUCGUGUCAUAGAGGAAGGGUGGAUACAAGAAAGGUUGGAGAUCAGCGUCAUUCGCCGAAGUCAUCCGCGAUGGUCGAUCGCCCGUUUGCACCAUUACGUCCACCGCGACAAGACAGACUUAGCGAUGACGCAGCAUCUUAUGGCAAUGGAUGUCCUUGGUGAUGAGUGUAGGGAUGUAUUUAUCGAGCGCUGGAGAGCACAUCAAGAGAAGGAGGCCGCAGCUAAGCGUCCACCCGAGACUUGGAGACAGUUCAGAGUUGCUAGUCAUACUGCGGAAACUCCUCGCAUAGUGCGCCUGGAGCUGGAGGCAGUUCGCCGAAGUACUUCCGCACCUGGUGCGAUCCAACCCGGAAGUCAUGCCCGGCUCAAGCUUCCUAGCGGGUUACGACGCGCCUAUUCCAUCGUUCACGGUGACGCGGGUCGCUUUACACUGGGGGUGGCCCUGGACGAACGCAGCCGCGGCGGGUCGAGCUAUAUCCAUCAAACACUCAAACGGGGGGACACGGUCUUAGUGGGGUCUGGGAUACGGCAGGGCUUAGCCAUCGACAAGAUGGCGUCUCGUCACAUUUUUAUCGCGGGCGGAAUAGGAAUCACCGCCCUCCUCGCUAUGAUGAAACGCCUCAAGGAGACAAAUCAAGACUAUUCCCUACAUUAUGCGGUGCGGAGCGCCACCGACGUCGCCUUUCAAUCGCUGCUGGCGGACCUGCAGCCGCAUGUCACCAUCUACGAUAAAUCGCAGGGCCAACGAAUGGACAUUGCUGAGAUCCUACGAAAUCGCAUCUGGAACAGCCAUGUUUACGUGUGUGGGCCGCAGCGCAUGAUCGACGCCGUGGUAAAGACGGCCACCGCUGUGGAUAUGUCUCCUGAUGAGGUGCAUUAUGAGGCAUUCGAUGGUGAUGAUGCCGCCGGCGACCCCUUCACUGUGGAUAUUGUUGGUCCAAGUCGAAAGUCAGAGGGACUUCAGGUGGGGGUUGAGCAGUCGCUUCUUGAGGUUGUGCGAGAUGCGGGCUUCGAGAUUGGGAGUUCUUGUGAGGUGGGAAAUUGUGGAGCUUGCAGGGUUUCUAUUCGCUGUGGGAGGGUGUUGCAUCGGGGGACGGCUUUGAUGGAAUCGGAGCAGAAAUCGGAGAUGUUGUCUUGUGUUUCUCGGGGUUUUGGGCAUAUUGUUGUUGAGGUUGCUGAAUAG